GACAUGCCUAGCAAAGAUCAAGGAACGGUCCAAUCCAUCAUGUCCAGUCCAGAUGCUACCAUAGUCUUCGGACCAACAGGAAAUGUUGGUUCUGCCACCGCUCGUUGCAUGCGACAGCAUGGUACGAGAGUGGUGUUAGCAAUGCGAGACCCUCGAAAACCCAUUCCAGGUCUGACGGCCAGUCAAGAAGCAGAGGCACAAUUUGAGAGAGUUCAAGCUGAUCUUACGAAACCCGAGACGAUAAACAGUGCUGUGACCCAAACCAAAGCCAAACGUGCCUUUAUUUACGUGGCUUUCGGUACGCCCGACAACAUGAGAGCCAGUGUUACGGCGCUUCAAUCCGCCGGAAUUGAAUUCGUGGUCCUUCUGAGCAGCGACGCGAUCCAGGGAAGCCCCCGAGAUGUAUCGCCAGCAGAUUUUGUAGCUUGGGCCCAUGCGCAAGUGGAGAUCAACCUGGAGGAGAUAUUUGGUCCAGAACGGUUUGUCGCAGUAAGACCAACCUAUUUUGCCAGCAAUGCGUUGUGGUGGAAGAGAAUGAUCAGUGAAGGCGAAGUGAGGAUGGCGUAUCCGAACGCCAAAUUCGACUGGAUCUCACCUGAAGAUAUCGGCGUCGUGUGUGGUAACCUUCUUGCUGAAGGACCGCGUAUCUUUCACGAUACCAACAACAACGUCAUACGGCUUUCUGGACCGGAGCUCAUAUCUCUUGGAGACGCUGUUAGAAUCAUCGGGAGAGUGAUUGGCCAGAGUAUCGGGAUUACCGAGGUCGAUGAGCAGAAAGGUCUGGAGAUAUAUGUGGAUGAUUUUGGUAUACCUGAGUCUGUGGGGAAUGGCAUGCUUCAAGCAAUGAGAAUAAGUUCGUCUGAUGGAGGGGAGCAUGUGCUAUAUCCGAGUCAUGCUUAUGAGGAGGCCAAGGACAAUGUCAGAAAAUACGCACGGGGCCAGUUUACAACACUCCACGAGUGGGUGGCAGAGCACAAAGAUGAAUUUCUUACAUAG